AUGCCAACAUUUAGAGAGAUUGUGACGGCGAAGAACUUCAGCUAUUUGCUGCAGCUGCUGGGCGUGGCGGGGGCCUUUGGCAGUGGAAGCUUUGCGCUCUUCCUGCUCAUGUGGUUUCCCCCGCGCGAAAUCACUGAGGUGCGCAUGUAUAUCGCCUACGUGUACGUUAUCCUCAUUGCCGUGGUCCUGCCAGCGGCGGAGGUGGGCACGAUGCGGCACCGCCACCUGGCGCACUUCACCCGCUUCCUCCUCUCACACGUUGGGCGUGCCUUUGUUUACGUCUUCACUGGGGGGUUACUGCUUGGAAACCGCCUCGGUGGGUGGGUUGUGGGCGUGUACAUGAUUUCGUUGGGCGUCCUCAACGUGUUUGCCGCCUGCGUGACAGGGAACCAUGGCACGGCGUAG